ACCUGCCACGUCAUUCCAACACACCUAUGUGCACUAAUAUUUACAGGUAUGUAAACACACAAUGUGAAGCUCUCUUCAUAGUUCAUACACGCAUAGAGUCGAGAGACCAAAAUGGAGACCAUAGUAUUGUAUUCAUCACCAUUCAUGGGUCACCUAAUCUCCAUGGUAGAGCUAGGCAAACUCAUCCUCAACCACCACCCUUCACACUCCAUCUCCAUCCACAUCCUCAUCACUACUACUCCAUCCAUCAACGUUGGCUCCACCGCCCCAUACAUCGCUUCCGUCUCCGCCGCCACCCCUUCCAUCACUUUCCACCACCUCCCCGCUCCCUCUCCCCCUCUCGACCCAAUUUCCUUCCCCUCCAUCGAACUUUUCAUGUUUGAGCACCUUAACCGCACCAACCCUCAUGUCCACAACGCCCUCUUAUCAAUCUCUCAAUCUUCCCCUAUCCAAGCUUUCAUUAUUGACCUUUUCUGCAGCACCGCCCUCAAAAUCGCCACUUCACUCCACAUCCCAACCUACUAUUUCUUCACAUCCGGAAUCAGCUGCCUCUCCAUGAUCAUUUACUUACCAAGCCUUCACAAAAGCACCACCAAAAGUUUCAAAGAUUUAAACCACACACUUCUUCACGUCCCAGGCUUACCACCCUUCCCUGCAUCCCAUAUGCCUGACCCAACGCUUGAUAGAACCAAAGAAACCUAUUCAUGCUUCGUAAACAUCGCAACCCAUUUGCCAAAAUCCGCUGGAAUCAUUGCUAACUCGUUUGACUCACUCGAACCAACAGCCUUGGAAACUAUAUCAAAUGGACUUUGUGUCCCAGACGGUCCCACCCCACCUAUCUUUUGCAUUGGACCAUUGAUUGCUUCAAAUGAACGACGUGGUGAUGAAGAUGAGCAGUGUUUGAAAUGGCUGGGCAAGCAAUCUAGCAGAAGCGUUGUGUUUCUGUGCUUUGGAAGCAUGGGCUUGUUCUCAAAGGAGCAAUUGAAGGAAAUAGCUGUAGGGUUAGAGAGAAGUGAGCAAAGGUUCUUGUGGGUAGUUCGGAGUCCACCUACAAAGGAAGAAAGCAAAGACUUCUCGCCAACACCUGAACCAGAUUUGGAUUCGUUACUCCCAGACGGGUUCUUGGAUCGGACCAAAGAGAGGGGACUAGUGGUGAAGCAAUGGGCACCUCAGGUGGCUGUGUUGAAUCACGACUCGGUGGCUGGGUUCGUGACUCAUUGUGGGUGGAACUCGGUGCUGGAAUCGGUUGUUGCAGGCGUGCCAAUGGUGGCGUGGCCACUGUACGCGGAGCAAAGGUUUAACAAGACUUUGUUGGUGGAGGAGUUGAAGUUAGCUUUGCCGAUGAACGAGUCGGAAGGAGGAUUGGUGAGUGCGGCCGAGGUGGAGAAGCGAGUUAGAGAGUUGAUGGACUCGGAGGAGGGAAACUCAAUAAGGGAGCGCGUCAAGGCUAAGAAAGAAGAAGCAAUUGUGGCAACGAGUGAAGGUGGGUCUUCACGAAUUGCAUUGGCCAAGUUGGUUCAGUCAUGGAAGCAAGGAUGAGAUAUUAUCAGCAGCAAAAAAAGAUGUUUCACCAUCUCUUUACCAAACACAGGGUGUAGCAGUUUACACUUUAAUCUUUAUCUUCCUUUUGGGACGCUUGCAGCUUGAUGCUCUGUUCUCUGCAUGAGUAAGAGUACCUACUUGCUUUCUUUAAGGGCUGGUCCAGCUCUUCUGUUAUCUCCUCCAUUGUGGCUCUACUUGAAGUAAAGAACUGGGUUUUUUGCUUGUGUUCAAAUUGCUUUUGGGUAUGGUACAAUUUAUGUUGCUCAGAGAGUUAAGUGGUUUGGAUGGUUUGUAAUAGGGGAAAAGUCGGACACGGUGUGUAACAAACAUGUCCUUGUUGUUAGA